AUGCUGGAUUAUCCGGUCGACGCGUGGGACUUUAUGCUGCUUAAUCAUUUACUCGAAAAGCUCACUCCCACGCUCCGGGAGAAAUUCGAAGCGGCCCACAUGACCGUGGAAUCGCCGCGGUAUGAUCAGUUAACGAGAUUUCUAGCGGGAUACUGCACGGUUCUCGCGUCGGCGUCGGGCUCUUCGGCGCAACCGAGUAAAAGGAAGGCCGCGUCGACCACCUCGCUCGUUGUCCAAAACGCCGCGUGCCCUAAAUGUACGGAGCAGCAUUUACUGGCUAAGUGCCCCGUUUUCCUGCAGCUCUCGGUCCGGGAGCGGCACAAUUUUGCUCGCGAAUCGGGGCUCUGCCUAAACUGCCUCCGCGCGGGACAUAACUUGAAGAAUUGCUCUAGCCCGUUUACCUGCCGGCAUUGUCAGGCGAAGCAUCACUCGCUCCUGCACUUCGGGCAGGCCAACGCCCCAUCGCUCGAGGCCGCCUCGGCGGUCACUCCAGUCGUGGACAUCCCUGCGGCUCCGGCGGAUACGGGCGAUAGCCCGAUCGUCUCCCUGGCGAGCACUUCGAGUCGCAUAGUCCUGCUCUCGACGGUGCGUGCGGAGGCGCUCGACGCUCACGGCAUCGCCUUCCCGGUUCGUGUAUUGCUCGAUAGCGCGAGUCAGGCUAAUUUCGUCACGGAGAGCUGCCUUCAGCGGGGCGGCUUCGCUCGGGCAAGGCAUCGUGCGACGGUGAUGGGCGUCGGCGAAACGAAGGCCGCCACUACUAGAGGCCUUACCUCAUUCGUAAUCCGGGUGCGAGAUGAGCCCGACAUUCGAUUUCCGGUGGAAGCCACCGUGCUCCCUCGCAUCACCUCGCCGUUGCCUGGUAGCCGUGUCGAUUCCAAACCGUGGAAUCACCUGCGAGGGCUGCCCCUCGCAGAUCCGGAAUUUUAUUUGCCCGGCUCCAUCGAUAUUCUGCUGGGGGCGGAAUCCUUUGUGUCCGUGUUGCGCGACGGUCGGCGUACCGGUAAAAACGAGGAACCGGACGCCUUUAACACAGCAUUCGGCUGGGUUUUGAUGGGCGCGGUCUCUCCUUCGCUUCACGCGCAAUCCGUGCACUCCUUCGCCACCACUAUCGAGUCGAUUGACGCCGCGGUGGGGCAGUUCUGGAAAUUGGAGAAGGUUCCCGAAUCUAUUCCUUGCUCCGAACAGGAUCGGCGUUGCAGGGAGAUAUUCGACCAAACCACCUAUCGUGACCAUUCGGGCCGCUUUGUUGUCUCAUACCCGUUCAUCUCGGACCCCCCUACGUUCGUAGAUUCGCGACCGAUAGCCGUCAAUCGACUGCGCGCACUCGAGCGUCGUUUCAAGUCUAAUGGGGAGUUUCGAGAGGGCUAUAACGCGUUUAUGCAGGACUAUUUAGAUAGCGGCCACAUGGAGUUGGCGAGCGAUCCUUUCCCCGCGGACGGUCGCGUGUACUAUUUGCCCCAUCACGGGGUUUACAAGCUGGACAGCGCGACCACAAAAUUUCGCGUGGUUUUCGAUGCUUCGUCGAAAUGCCCGAACGGGCUAUCUUUAAACGAUACCUUGCUCAGUGGCCCGAAAUUGCAGCCCGACAUAGUCGCGGUUCUACUUCUCUUUCGCGCGGAGCCCGUGGCCAUUACCGCGGACGUAAAGCAAAUGUUCCGGCAGAUCCGAAUCCACCCGGAGCAUCGCAAUUAUCAGCGCAUCGUCUGGCGCUUUUCGGAAUCGGAACCGAUCCUCGAUUACAUACUCACGACGGUCACAUUCGGCACCACGGCCUCUCCGUUUUUGGCGAUUUAUUGUUUGCUCAAAUUGGCCCACGACAAUCGGAGUAAGUACCCGUUGGUGUACGCGGCGCUGAUCGAGUCUCUCUACGUGGACGACGUCGUCGUCAGUGUCCGCACCGUCGAGAGAGCUGUUGCGCUCCGCGAUCAAUUGCUCGAGCUUUUUCGGAGUGCUGGAUUUGAGUUGCGGAAGUGGGCGAGUAGCCACCCCGCCGCGUUGGGUGGCCUCGAUCCGGAAAUCUGCAGUCAGAAGACGCUUUCCUUCGAGUCGGCCGACGAUCAAGCGCUUAAGGUUCUGGGUCUUCGUUGGCACUCGCAGUCGGACAGUUUCGGGUUUCAGCUAAACUCUCUGACGCGAGGAUGCACCAAGCGAACGAUACUGUCGGAGGUAGCACGCAUAUUUGAUCCAUUAGGUUUCUUGGCGCCGUUGACCUUCACCGCAAAACGAUUGAUCCAACGGUUGUGGACCUUGAAGCUCGAGUGGGACGACGUGCCCCCAUUAGAUGUUCGCCAUCAGUGGGAACGAUAUAAAUCGGAGUUCGACGCGUUGGCUCCCCUGCGAAUACCCCCGCGAGAACUCGAGCAGCACAUGUGCCACGCGGCGGAGCGAGAAAGGAUCCAAUGGUCCUUCAAUCCUCCCUCGGCGCCCCAUUUCGGGGGCAUCUGGGAGUCGAAUGUUAAAUCGUUUAAAACCCACCUUCGACGAGUGGUGGGGGACCAAAUCCUUUCGUUGGAGGAGUUCACGACGGUCCUCACCCAGAUAGAGUCCGUCCUGAACUCUCGACCCCUCUGUCCGCUGAGCACCGAUCCCUUGGAUUUGGAAGUCCUGUCGCCCGGACAUUUCUUGACUAUGGAGCCGCUCGUGGCCGUCCCUUCGCCCGACCUGACUCCGCUGGCGACGAGUCGCUUAGGCCGGUGGCAGCUAGUACAGCGGAUGCACCAGGAUUUCUGGAAGCGCUGGCACAAGGAGUAUCUCCAUACUUUACAGCAGCGUCCCAAGUGGUGGAUCCCCGCCAACCCGCUCACCGUGGGCUCGUUGGUACUUAUUAAGGACGAUAACGCGUCCCCGUUGCGUUGGAAACGCGGCCGUGUAGAAACGCUACAUCUCGGUAUCGAUGGUGUCCCGCGUGUCGCCACGGUUCGGGUGGCGGACGGCUCGAUCCUGCGUCCCCUGGUGAAGCUAUGCCCCUUGCCGACGGGCACACCACGGGCCGCGGAUUCCGAGUAA